AUGACACUCAUCAUGGUUGUUCCUGAUGCCGACGAUGGGGAUGUAGGAAAGGCAGCCUCCAUCAAAGUUCAAGCCAUUUUACCUCUCAUUGCGAGAGUACUUAAUGCAGUUAGCAAGAAUUAUGGAGACAUGGAAGACGAAAGAGGAUAUCUAAUACUGGCGCUCACGUGUGGGUAUGCUACUUGA